AUGUCCGCACAAGCCUGGAAAAGACUGAUCCGGUUUGCGGAUGACAAUGGAGAGGAGAUGUUUGGGGAGCCUUGUAUACAGUCGGAUCAUGAGCUCGAGCAGCUGCUGGCUAAUGGCACUCUUCAUGCGAUUGAAUACAAAGGUGUAGGCCCUUUUAGCCUUACGACGCGCGGAGAGAAAGUUCAUGUCAAGGCUCUGCGAAACAUUUUGCAUCCAUCUGAUGUCCCGAUUAUUCGAUGCAUCGGACUCAAUUAUAUCAAGCAUAUCGAGGAGGGAGGGCGCACGCCACCGCCAUAUCCUUCUCUAUUCAUCAAGCCAUCAACAUGUAUUGCAGGCUUCGAGGACAAUAUACCUAUUCCAAAAGUUGCGCAGGAUGGCACGAUAGAUUACGAAGGCGAGCUGGCCAUUAUCAUCGGCAAGACCGGGAAGAACAUUUCCAAGAGUUCCGCGCUAGAAUUCGUUGCCGGGUUUUGCGUAUCUAACGAUGUGUCAUGCCGUGGGUGGCAGCGUGAUCCCAAAAAAGCCGGCGGUGUACCUCAAUGGUGCUUCAGUAAGGGCUUCGAUCGAUUUGCACCUUUAGGCCCAAUGAUGGUGUCUCCAAAUAUCCUUGGCAACGCCUCUGAUCUUCAUCUUCGAACGCUAGUCAAUAAUGUAGAACGCCAGAGUUCUAGCACAGGUGACUUACUCUUCGGGGUAGAAGAGAUUAUAAGUUUUCUAAGUCAAGGAACAACCCUCGAAACUGGUACAGUUAUUUUGACAGGAACGCCAUCAGGGGUAGCUAUGGGAAUGAAGGAGCCAAGAUAUCUGGGUGAUGGAGAUAUCGUAGACGUUAGAAUUACUGGGCUUGGUUGCGUCAGGAACACAAUGGUAUUUGAAUAA